GCUUCACAAAUCCGCCGUCUACGGUGGCCCUUCCGUCGUCGCUGCCGAGCCGUCGUCUCGUCCGCCGCGGCCGAAUGGCGCUGCCGAUGUCGCCCCGCGCUCCGAGUUCUCGCAGAUGGUUAAGGCGCUGCAGGAAGCCAAGGCGGAGCUCGCGCAGCUGCGCAAGACCAAGUCUGCGGCGCAGGGCGGGCGCGACGAGGGUGCCGUGCAGGUCGAACCUGAGGAGGCACCCGACAGCGACGUGGGCGCCAAGCUGGCUGCAGAGGUCAAGGUGCUGGAGGCGAACCUGCUGGCGGUCAAGGGCGGCAUGGGCAACUGGGCGGAGGAGCAGCAGCGUUUCCUGGAGGCGAAGCUGGCGGAGACGCGCAGGAAGCUGCUCGACACCAAGCCGCUCCACGCGCAGGUCCACGCCCUGGCCAAUCGCGUCAAGACGGGCUCGGCGAAGAUCGCUAAGGCUAUUGUGGCGCAGCAGGCGGCGAUCGAGCAGGUCACCAAGGCCAACGCCAAGAAGGUCGAGGCCGAUGAGCUGGUCGAGAGCCUGCAGAAGCAGCAGCCGGAGCUGGAGGGCGAGUUGGGCCGCUUGCAGGCCUCGCUGGGGGUUGGAGUCGGCGCUGCACCUGAUGCUGUUCUGGAGGCAGUUGCUCCUGCUGUACAAUGGGAUCCCGACGCGGUCGGAUGCCCUGUGCUGCAGAAGACCAUGGAGGGCCUCGGUGCCUACGCCACGGAGGCAGAGUUGCGCGAGCGGGAUGACGAUAAGUUGGCGAGCUUCCAGGGCGAGGUUGCAGACUUCGGAUUUUCUGGCAUAUGGGCGCCUGCGGUGCCCAGUGGUACGUCAGAAGCAGGCACGUCGGCGGGAGUGGCGAUAUUGGCGAGGACGUCGAUCACCAUCACCAAGCCGCCGUUCACCAAGGACCCAGUCCUUUCUCCUGGGCGACUCGUAGCGGCGCGUGUCCACUGGGGCGUGCGAGGAGGCUUGGUCAUUCUGUCUCUGUACUUGGUUGACUCCGUGGGGCUCGACGAGCAGAACAGGCGCACGCUGUGGACGUUGGCCAGCUACUUGGCGAAGUUGGAGGCUGCGCAGAUGGAACACAUCAUGCGUGGCGGCUUCAACAUGGCAAUGGGGAAGCUGGAGGACUCUAGCCUCGCCGACAUCGAGGCGCUCUUUGCGGUGCCUCGAGCUACGACGUGUCGAUCUUCGCAGGUCGAGAAGGGCUCAACCAUCGACUACUUCAUGCUGAGUGCCAACCUGGCGCCUCGCGCGAGGGAACCGUGGGUCCAGGAGGAUGGGGCCGCAUCUCCACAUCUUCCUGCGCAUCUAGAGCUGGCAGCAGACGACCUCGAUCUCAAGAUUCGGGUGCCUGUCAUGCCGUUCGCCAUUCCCGCGGUACCCCCAGUUGGAUGCGCUCGAGGGGUCGAGGACUGGGGCCCUGCGCAUGCUGCGGUUCGCGCUGCUGCUGACUCCCAGGGCUUGCCUCCUGCUUGGGGCAAGGUCCUAACCACGGUGGGGUCGGAGCUGUUGGACAGAUAUGACAUCGUGGACGCUCGCAGGAGACUUCGCACUGGACGUGCUGGCGAGACCGAAACUACGCUCAAGUCGGUCGAGCGGGCCUUCUUCAGAGGUGGCAUCCGCGUGCUCAGCAGGGGCGGCUUUGAUGAGGUAGCCAGCAAAAUCGCCGAGCGCUGCAAGAUGAGGUACGACAAGCUGGUAGAGGUCAAGCAGGCCGCUUGGGUCAGCUUCGCGAAGGGCAGUUUCGCGCGGGGGGGCAGCAGGGCCCAUCGCAUCACCAAGACCAAGGAGCUGCAGUCUGUGCUGGCCAGUUGGGUGGAGCAACAAGAAUCGGCCUUCCAACUUGAUUUGGAGGCUGAGAUCGCUGAGGCCACCCAACAGAAGUCCCUCACGGUCCUCAUGGACGCGUUCAAGUUCUUUGAGACGAUCAAGCCGCUGGCGUUGCUCAGCGAGGCGAGGGCGGUUGAUAUGGGCCUCAGACUGGUGUGGAUGCUGGCCGGGUCGUAUCGGCAACCGCGUCGGUUGCGAGCGUUUGGGUCAGUAUCAGAGCAGGUCAUCGCGUGGCAGGGCAUAUUGGAUGGUUGCUCCCAUGCGUGCUUUUUGGUGUCGGUGCUGCUUCGCAGGCUGCUGGCCGGCGCUCGGUCUUCGUCAGUCAUGCCACGGGCCCGGAUCGACGACAUCAGCCUGCAGUGGAUUGCGCCGUCUCCCCAGCAGCUGGAGAAUCUGUGGAAGGUCGCCACGCGCUUGCGGGAGGGUUCCAAAUGCUUGGGCGUCAGCAUUCAGAUGCUCCAGAAGGUCACGGGCAAAACAGUCGUGGGCUUGUGGGAAACUGUACUGCUCCCCAGUGCGGGCCAUGGCGCUGGCGUGGCUGGCCUCUCGGACACACACCUCCAGCGGAUUCGGGCUGAGGCAGGCCGCCUCGUCGGAGCGCGCGCUGGCUCUUCUGGCCUCACGCUGCACCUUGCGACGCAGAAGGCAAAGGAGUUCGACCCGAUCUAUAUGGCCUCGUGCGACAUCAUCUGCAGAUACGCCGCCACCAUCUGGGAGCAGAGGACGUCGCUGAGCAAGCUGCACAAUGCCUGGGCGCAUAUCACCACCCAGAUGGUGAGGCAAGACAAGGCGACGUGGACCUAUGCAAGAGGUCCGAUCCCGGCGACUAUCCCCACCUUGUGGCGCAUAGAUCGGCAUAUGCACUCGUCGACGGUUCUGGUCAACGACAGGGACGAGAAGUUCAACCUCAUGGCCAUCAGUCCUCGAGAUCUUAGAUGCCACCUGGUCGAGUCGACCGAGCGAUGGCAGGGGCGGCGCAUCAUGUCGCGUUUCGAGCAUCCGUUGGGCGAGAACGCUGAGCUGUGGGGUCGGGCCCUACGGCAGUGUCUUAAGGCCAAGUCGGCGGCGGUCUCUGAAGGCCCGACGGCAUCACGCUUGCGCGCACACUGGGCUGGCGUCCCCUGGACCAGGCAGGCCAAGCACGACCUGAAGCUGGCAGGCUCGGCGGCUUGCUUGGCGCGCGGUGCGCCGAGCGAUUCACAUGGGCACAGGUUCUUCGGUUGCGAGGAGGCGCUGGCCCCAGCGGACGACACUGAGGUCGCAGGAGAGGUGGUGCCCGACAAGUUCGUCGAGACCCGUGACUUCAUGCAUGACAAGGGGUUGCAGACUUUGUUCGACGAGUUCGAGGUCACCACGGGCCUGCCGGCGCACUUCUGGGGCGACUGGAACACCGAGGAGCUGCAGUUCGGCAAUGUUGUCUACACCGACGGUUCUGGGUUAGCGGCGGCUAUACCAGGAAUACGACUCAUCUGCAGAUACGCCGCCACCAUCUGGGAGCAGAGGACGUCGCUGAGCAAGCUGCACAAUGCCUGGGCGCAUAUCACCACCCAGAUGGUGAGGCAAGACAAGGCGACGUGGACCUAUGCAAGAGGUCCGAUCCCGGCGACUAUCCCCACCUUGUGGCGCAUAGAUCGGCAUAUGCACUCGUCGACGGUUCUGGUCAACGACAGGGACGAGAAGUUCAACCUCAUGGCCAUCAGUCCUCGAGAUCUUAGAUGCCACCUGGUCGAGUCGACCGAGCGAUGGCAGGGGCGGCGCAUCAUGUCGCGUUUCGAGCAUCCGUUGGGCGAGAACGCUGAGCUGUGGGGUCGGGCCCUACGGCAGUGUCUUAAGGCCAAGUCGGCGGCGGUCUCUGAAGGCCCGACGGCAUCACGCUUGCGCGCACACUGGGCUGGCGUCCCCUGGACCAGGCAGGCCAAGCACGACCUGAAGCUGGCAGGCUCGGCGGCUUGCUUGGCGCGCGGUGCGCCGAGCGAUUCACAUGGGCACAGGUUCUUCGGUUGCGAGGAGGCGCUGGCCCCAGCGGACGACACUGAGGUCGCAGGAGAGGUGGUGCCCGACAAGUUCGUCGAGACCCGUGACUUCAUGCAUGACAAGGGGUUGCAGACUUCGUUCGACGAGUUCGAGGUCACCACGGGCCUGCCGGCGCACUUCUGGGGCGACUGGAACACCGAGGAGCUGCAGUUCGGCAAUGUUGUCUACACCGACGGUUCUGGGUUAGCGGCGGCUAUACCAGGGCCUUUGCAGACGGUCGGCAGGUCGGAGAGGUUCGCGCUCCUCAUGGCGGUGCGGCACUUCGGCACCAAGCUCGAGGUCGUGCUCGCGGAUUUGCUGGCUCUGGAGUCGGAGGUUCAUUGGAUCCCUGCCCGCCGCUGCAUCGACGACUACAUCGAGCGCGACCUCAGCCCAGUACAUUUUCUCGGCAAUCUGUGGGCCGACUGGUUUGCCAGGCGCGGCGCAGAUUCACACGCACCGCCUAAGGUCUACGAGGGCAUCUACAAGGCGGGGGUCGCGUUCGCUAAGAAGGUGGCCUCGCACAUCGGCUGGGCCAUGCAGCGCGCCCUGAAGGCGGGCAGGUGGGAGCCAGAGGUGUCGGACGCACCGUGGCGUCCCAAGGAGGUCAAGCAGCCGCCCGUGCAGGUCACGCCCCACGCUGUUGCCAAGCUGCGUGAUGGCUCCUAUGUAUGCAGGCGCUGUGCGAGACGUACCAGUUCGGGUUCAACGGAUGCGUGGAACUUCUACCUUCGCGCCCCGUGCCUGGCCAACAGAGUGGGCGAGCUGCGUGCGGAGGCCAAUAUCCAGUUCUGUGGUGCCACCAGGGGCCAUGUCUCUGCUGCAGGUGCCUUUGCCAUGGACGCUCUUGAUCGAGCUGAGCGUGGGUCAGAUGCCGAAGGCUGGGAGCUGCACGCUGGUGGUCGAGGCUCAGAGACCAUGCUUGGCCUCGAUUGUGCUGCUGAGCCGCUGGUCUCUGAAUGGCACUCCACCGACGCGCACGUCUGCAACGGGCAUCGUCUCCGCUGUGCGGGGCCCGCCGUCUUCUGCGAGGUGUGCGCGGCAUGGUCUGGCGGCGGCGUGUCCAAGCAGCUGAUGGCCAUGUGCGGAGGAGCUCCCACGGGAGAGGGGGAGGGUAAGACCUACCUCUCCAACAUCAAGACGAG